AUUAUCCUCGCUUUUCGGCAACGCCUGUAUGCUGCCGUCAUGGUACUGAAGCCAGGCGACUGCAAGCUGCCCGCGCACUUCAAGCUGGCCGAUGCCAGUAUUCCCAACCUUCUCCAAGGUUUGGAGUCGGGCCAAUUCACUACUGAGCAGCUCGUCAAGACAUACGUCGCCCGCAUCCACGACGUCCAACCCAAAGUCCAUGCCGUCUCCGAGAUCAAUCCCGACUGUGUCGCCCUCGCCCUCGAACUCGACAAGGAACGCGCCCAAGGUCAAACCCGGGGUCUGCUCCACGGGCUACCCAUCCUACUCAAGGACGUCUUCGGUGGCCAUGGUGUCAUGAAUACAACAGUUGGCUUUUCGGGGCUUGCUGGCGCGAAAUACUCCUCCGAGGCGACGGUUUUGCGGCGACUUCGCGACGCCGGGGCAGUCGUCCACGCCCACACCUCGAUGACGGAAUGGCUCAACAUUCGGGCCUCCAAGAACGCACCAAACGGCUGGUCGCCGGUCAGUGGGCAAAGCCUGGGGAUAUUUUGCCAAAACCAAGACCCAGGUGGCUCGUCCACUGGAAGUGGUAUCGGCGCCGCUCUCGGCCUUGGGGCUGCAGCGCUUGGAACGGAGACAGCUGGAAGUAUCGCCUCCCCAGCCAGAACUUGCGGUGUUGUAGGUCUGAAACCAACUGCCACGCUCGUCUCUAGACAAGGUAUCUUCAUGGGGUCUCAGUGGCAGGACAGUGUGGGCAUCCUUGCGCGCAGUGUUCUUGACGCUGCCUAUGUCCUGACGGCUAUAUCUGGUGAGUUCGAGGCCGCCGCGUUCGGUACUAGGAAUUUUGCCAAGAUUCAAGGCUUGAUGGACUACGUAUUGCUACAUGUCAUCAACACGAAGCCAUUCGUUGGUGAGAAGUUUGAGGAAGCCUUGGAUGUUCUACAGUCUCUAGGAGCCGUGAUAGUCGAUGAUGCCACCUUUCCCGAGUAUUCUCUUGACGUCCUAGAGAAAUACAAGGAUAUUUGGAACGUGUCUUUGAUGGUUGAUUUCAGGAACAUGGCAGAUAUGAACAACUUCCUCGGUACGCUCGUGGAAAACCCGCAUGGAUUGAAUAGUAUCGAGGAUGUUAUAGAGUAUACCAAGAGAGUUGCAGACGAAAAAUUUGAGGCCCACGGAGCAGAUGAUUUGGAGCUCGCGAGCCAACUUGGCCGGGAAUGUGAUAUAAACCCACAGGCUUACGAGGAAUCAAGAUCAUUGCGGCUGAGAAUGGGGAUGGAAAUUGGCAAACUACUUGACAAUUACAAUUGCAGCCUACUAGUGACCCCUUCUUGGACGGACACGACUGCAAGCCUCGGCGGGAACCCACAAAUAUCCCUACCGCUACCAGCAUUGCCCGAAGACUUUCCUGUCAAGUUGCGUGGGAAUGGAAUGGUGGCCGACGGCCCCAACAUUCCGUGA